AUGCUUCGGGAGGAUGCAAAAGGAUCAUUUCGUGAUGCUCUACAGAUGCGGCUGUCUGUGCGUCGUGUGGUAGCUGCUUUCCUCCCUCGCUUACCUUACGAGUUAUCUUUGGUACACCAUGCUACGAGAACAGCCCGUCAAUCGAGAAAUCUCAGAGAUAACCUUCUUUGCCCCGUAGAAGGCCAAAAUCUGGCCCUUCUGGAUAUCUAUGCAAUGCUUAUUACGGCCCAUUUGAUGGAGCCUAGACGUAAAAUGUCUGCAAUUUGCUUCGUGUGCAACCUGCCCAUUAUGAGCCACCAAGUUGGUCUCGUGUGGCAGGGUGGCAAUGGUUGGGAUGAUUUUAUGAGGGAACAGCUGGAAGAAUCUACGGUGCGCCAGAGAUUGGGUGGACGACGCGACUCAGCAGCUCAAAUUUCAUCCCCCAACACACCACCCAUUUCUAGUGUACCGCGCCGUCGUCGCUCUUCCAUUGCCCAAUUGACGGAUAUCCUGAGGGAGUGGAGUGGUUCGAGUUGCAAGAAAAACGCAAAAAAUACCCUCAAUCGACGGGAGACGCUUGCUGACUUGGCCAGGAGUUUCCCCUGGAAUCGCACAAGUAGCAUUGAUAUUCAAGGAGUGCAACCAUCAUCAUCAGGUGGUUACAAGAGACGCGAAUCCAGCGCAGAAGUCAGCAGGAGCGGACGUUCAAGGCAAGAUUCUCGGCAGUAUUCUCACACAUCCGAUUUGGUGAAACUCUGGAAUAAGCGUGAGUGCCAAACUGAACGUGAGCGAGAUGUGACAGAAGUGCGUGAUUCACGUCGUGGCUCUGGCGAUAGCCUUCGCAGUUGUCGCCACGUCCAGGCACCUACGAAGUCCCUGGCUAGUAUGAGACGUCGGAAGGAGUCUGGAGUUGGAUUUGAAAUGACAACAAGUGUUGCUACAGGACCUGAGCCUGAAAUUACUGCCUCAAAUAAUCUUGUGGACAGUUCGUGCCAAGCUUUACCUCCACCAGUUGUUUCUGUUACACAAUCCAUCACACCACCUGCAACUAGCCCAACAACCCUCAAAUCACUUAAGGUUCGUCGAGAUUCACAAUCUCAAACUCAAAGCGGACGUGUGUAUAGGCGUGAAUCCAAGUCUAGCCCUGACAUGGUACCAAAGAUGCAGCGUCUUCAGCGCCAAGCCACAACCUACGAUGAGCCACCAGGCACAAGUCGUCGUGAUAGUCAGCCAACACUGACGACAGAUGGUGAAGAACGUCGCGCACGUCGAGAUAGCCUCAGCCCAGAUUCUGUUACAACAGCUCACCGCAGUCGUCGUGAUUCACGAACCCAUCUUUCCCCAGAUAGAAAUCGUGAACAUGACAGUGAUAUAAAUCGUCGUUGCCGUGAAAAGAUUCGUCGACAAUCCUCAUCAACAGCUCGCAUGUCGCGUUCACCAGACUCAAGUAGUUGUUGCUCCUCACGCGAUCCCAGUCCCAGCCAAUGCCCACCGACGUAUAUUGUCGCAUCAGAACCUAGCGUUCGGCCGUCUAUUCGGCGCCAAUCUACCACAGAAGAAAUCCUAAUUGCUCGCGGUUUUAGGAGACAGAGCACUACAGACGAGAUGAUACGAUGCCGUAAUUUUAGGCGGCAAAGUUCCCAAAGUGAUGAUGUGUGUCGUUAUCGUGGUCGUCGUGAUUCAAGCGUCCAAAUCAUAGAUGGGACAAUUGGAACGAUGACCGUUGAAACCACCAGCACGGUUUUUGAUAGCAGCACACAAACGGACCCUUCACCACAGUAUGAAAAUAAUCAUUACCACGAAGAGUGUCUAAGAUGCAACUCCUGUGGAAUUAAUUUGACCGGUCCAAAUCAGAAGCGUGCUCGUCGUUUUAAAAAUCACAUCUUGUGUGAUCUCCACUUUGCUGAUGUCGCCCUAAUGGAGUGUUCUGACUUCAUGCAGCAACUACGAAGCUUUAAACCACAAUCUCUGGGAUGUGCCGUAGCUAGGCGCAAAAGUUCCACAACACUCAUAUUCCCACUACCACCACAAGCUUGUUCAGAUGAAUUCUGUGAGGAAUACCCACAUAAUUUGAUUCCAACCCCGGGAUAUUGGAUUGAGUGCUCACGUCAGAAGAUUUCCACGGCUGGACAAGGAUGGAAUGAUAGUGGCUCUGAGAAUGACAAUGAAUCCGAAACGCGGGAUAGGUGCACAGAUCUGUGUGAAGAUGAUGAAGAUUCCGAUACGGCAACAAAGAAGAAGACAACAAUUGAGGAACUUUGGGAACAACAGCAAGGCUUUGAGCUGACUUCUGUUGAGCAGGAAACAUACGAGAAGCAUUUUUAUGGAACUGAGCAUUGGAAUUACUUCACAAAUGACGAAGAUCUCGGUCCGGUAAUUCUUUCAAUUAAGCAGGAAACGCUGAAUGGACGUGAUCAGUUUCGUAUAUUGGUUCGAGCUAUAUCCUAUACAGUUCACGGAUUAAUUCCAGCAUCGUGUGUUUUUGCAGACAGGUACAACCGUGAAGAAGUUGUUAGAUCCCUCGGAAAGGAGGUAAACCUAAAUCCUCCACUAACACUUGGUCAACUGCAGGAUACACCCGAAGAACUCCUAAAACUCGAUCAAGUAUUCAUAAAAUCAGAACUAAAAGUCGGGGUGAUCUACAUAAAAGAAAAUCAGUAUACGGAAGAAGAAAUUCUGGAGAACAAUGAUACUUCUCCGAUGUUUGAUGAAUUUCUCCAACUUCUUGGUGACAAAGUUCGCCUUAAAGGUUUCGAUAAGUACAAAGGAGGUCUGGACACAGUUCAUGAUCUUACAGGACUCUAUUCCGUUCACACAAACUGGCGUGGCAUAGAAAUUAUGUUUCAUGUCUCCACAAUGCUGCCAUAUGAAAGACAUGAUGUUCAGAAGUUACAACGUAAAAGGCAUAUUGGGAAUGAUAUUGUUUGCGUAGUAUUUUUAGAAGCAGAUAAUACCCUAUUUUCGCCAGCUUGCAUUAAAUCACAUUUUUUGCAUACUUUUAUACUGGUUCGUGUCUCUGCGAGGAUCAAGAGAAAACCAACGAGAUACGAAGUUUCUGUUGUAACCAGAGAUGAAGUUGGAGCCUACAAACCAUAUUUAUGGGAACAAUCCGUCUUUGUACGUGAUCAAAUGUUCAGAGAAUGGAUUUUGACUAAAAUUGUGAAUGGAGAACGAGCAUCGUACUCAGCCCCUAAAUUCGCACGAAUGCAGGAGCGUACGCGUUCCCAAAUGCUAGAAGACAUCGUGGCUAAUCUUGCAAAUCACGCAGAAACUGGUCAAAUACCCAAACCCUACCGUCGUGGCUCAUGGAGACCGAUCGGACACAUGCGACCAUCGUCUCCGCUAUUGGAUUCGGUACGAGAUCAAUUUGAGGAUCACGAUCAGUUAGCACAAGAUUUUCAACGUGCAUUCAUAAAUGCUGAGCCGCAAAUACAAAAUCCCCAACUCUUCGAUGUUGCUUUCCUUGUUGGUCAAUCCAAGCAGAAGGUGAAGCUUAUCGGGGUCCGAGCAAUUCUUGGUGUACGCAGUCGGGUGUUUCAGGAGAUGCUCUACGGCAUUCAAACGGGAUUUGGAUCACCGCAGGUACCAGUGGCGGAAAUCCUGGCACGUCCUGUGCCAGCACUUGUGUCGCCACAGAACCAAAAGAAAAGUUCCAACUUCCUCCAAGUUCCCGAUAUGGAGGCACCACGACCAAAGAGUGUGCCAUCGUCGCCGAUGGUGAAGAGAGCUUUUUCACGUUUGGGCACAAUCACAGGUUGGGGUCGUUCCAUGAAGAAGCAAAAUUCCCAACUCAAUGCAGACGACAAGAAGAAAUGGGCCUCAAUUCAGGACUUUUCAAAUGGAAAAGAUGGUGGCAAAGAGAAGAAUCCUUCACAGUUCCUCGUUCCUGGACUCUCUGUGUGUGCUGAUGUGCAAAAAGUUGAUCGAGCUAAGCUGGCACAAACGGAGUUCAAUAUCAUCGAAUUUGAUUCAGAAACCUUCCGAGUCCUUCUUAAUUAUCUCCAUACUGGAAGUUGUCCACUAACUUGCGUCACAAUUCCGGGGCUUAUUUGUGCUGCUGAGCAUUAUGAUCUACCUGAAUUACUUCAAGCAUGUUUCCAUCAUGCAAAACAAUUCCUUCGCAUUGAGUACGUGUGCUCAAUGCUAAUAAACUUGGAAAGUUACUACUGGCGCUACACUUCGGCCUCGGAAUUGGUUAAUAUGAUCCUUGCUUUUGUUGAAACGAAAGCCCAUCAACUGUUUAAAUUGGAAGAGUUUCUAAACCUCAGUGAGAGUAUUGUGCAAAUGAUCAUGGCUCGAUCACUCGAGAUUCAGGAGAUUCGUAAAUUUGAAGCUAUGCUUGCAUGGGCAAAGAAUAAGGUCAAGACUAAGGCAGUAACUUCAACAAAUAAUCACGGGAAUAGUCGUUCGGAAUUUCGAACGAUUAUGGAUCGAUUGACGAGAGAUUUGAAGCUGCACAGAAUUUCUCCGCAAGAUCUCAUAAAGAUCGUACUGCCGUCUAAAGCCAUCAAGAACGAGCGCAUCCUCGAAACACUCAUGUACCAGGCUAAUUCAGGUAUCUACCGCAUACAGGAUAGUUACCUGGAGGAAUGCCAACAACGCCUCAAAAAUCAAGAUUCACGCUACAGUGAAUGGAGCGAAAGCUUAGACUAUGGCCUCUAAAAAAGCUUCCCAGUCAAAAUAUUUCUUUUUAUUAAUUUUUUAGCUUUUUUUUUCGAAAGCAAAAUAUCCAGAAUUAUUUUUUGAAGAUUCCAUAAAAAAAAGUGACAAAACGCACAAGAACUACUACAAAUCUUAUCUUGGCAAUUGAAUUAAGUCAGUUGUUAGUAUUCCACGAUUCAAUUGAAUUGCAGACCUGCAGCAAAGAUGAGUUUUUCUUUGUGAAAUUUUUUUUACUGUUUGUAAGAAAUUUUCAAAGCCUAAAUUCCAAAUAUUUAAAAAGUAUCAUAUUCUAUCAUUAAUUCUAGCUUUUGACGUUUCUUUUCUAACAUUUAAACUCUUUAUUUAUUUUAUUAGCUGUGUUUUUUUCUUUAUUUUUUAAAAGCUUGAUGCCUCUGAAUAUUUAGGGAAAGUUUAAGCCCCUAAAAUGUUUUCUGAUGGCAAAUUAUCAAGAUUUCGAUUCUCAUAAAAAUCUUUUCUCUUUUUUUUAACUGAAAAUGUGUUGUAAGAUUUUGACAUAAGGGCGUUUUUAAAUCAUUAUAUUGUCGUUCUAAAAAAGAAAAACAAAGAAUUUGUUUUUCAAGAAAAUAAUCCGCCAAAGAUCUUUAAAGAUGCCUAGAACAGUAUUUUUUCUUCAAAAAUCCGAUUAAAGAUAGAAAUAAAAUGUCAAAAUCCUAUAAGAUUUUUCCCAGAAUACCAAAAAUUUUAUAACUGACGAAUUCUUAGAAAAAAGAAAAAGAUUUUUGACUGAAUCGGAUUUAAAUCUUAAAGAUUUUUGGACUUACCUGUUGCUUGGUAACUUCACUUAAGUGGAAUAUUAUUCAUUGACUAAUACUUUUGCCUUACUCAGUUUUGGUUAAGUUAAUUAAACUUCCUUUGUGAGUAAAUGUUGUCUUAUUUCGAUGUAAUUGGAAAAGAAAUAAAAUGAUUAUGAUCUCCUUGCAGCCACUUAAACUGCAAUGAUUAAUCACAUAAAUGGAUUACAUGUUGAGUAAGAUACCUAUACGUAUAUAUGUUUGGUAUUAUGUAUUGUAAAUCUAAUAGACAAAAUUGUUGCCCAAAAAUUUAAACUCUGUUAAAUUGUUUAAAAAAAAAACAUUUUACUAAAACUACAAUGAUGUAGAUUUAUUUUGCUACAAGGACAUUACAAAACCUAGCCCUUCAAACUUAAAACUUUUUAAGAUUGAGAGAGAAAAUGAUGCUUUCUCUCAUUUUUUCCCAAAUAAAAUGUUAAAGAUCGUUUAAAGCUGAAACUACUAAUUCCUGUUAAAAUUUCAAAUUUCUCAAUGAAGAGAAUUUUUUUCAUUUAAAAAUUCUGAUCAAAAAUCUAAAAUUUAUGUUGAAUGUGUAGAUGAAGUAAAAACAAAACACAAAAAAAUGUUUAGCUCCAAUGAGGAGAGUUGUGACUUAAAAAAUUCUAUAAUUGUGUUAAA